GGCAACAUUUGGUUUCAGAUGGCAACAUUUGAACCUACAAAUGGCAACCUGGGCUGAGUAUACUCUGGCAACACUGUGUGCUUCAAAUGCGUGAAAAUAACAAAGAUGGCCGAGGAACAGGAGGUGAUUCAAAUUGAGCUACUGUGUAAACAGUUGUACGAGUCUCAAGAUCCAGCCCUGAGGGAUCAGGCGGAGAUUGCUGUUGUACUAUUUCAGGAGUCUCCAGACACACUGAGCAAAUGUCAGGCGCUACUGGAGAGGGCUGCUUCCAGCUACUCACAGCUGCUAGCCACUACAACACUUUCAAAGCUGAUAAGCCAGUCAAAUUCAAGCUUGUCCGUUCAGCAGAGACUAGACAUCAGAAACUAUGUGCUCAACUAUUUGGCGACCAGACCUAAACUGGCUACAUUUGUAGUUCAGGCACUGGUCUCUCUCUUCGCGAGUAUCACAAAGCUGAGCUGGUUCGACAUGGUGAAAGAGGAAUAUGUGUUCCACAAUGUCAUGAAUGAUAUCUCAAGUUUCCUACAGGGUCCAGCAGAGUUGUGCACGAUCGGAGUGCAGCUGCUGUCCCAGCUGGUUGUCGAGAUGAACCAGGUGUCGGACGUCGACAUCAGCCGCUCGUUCGGCAAGCACAGGAAGAUCGCCUCGUCCUUCCGUGACACACAACUCUUCGAGAUGUUUCGCCUGGCCUGUUCCCUGCUCAGCUCAGCCCGAGGCAAGUCCCUGGACCUGACAGACGAGAGGCAGCAGGCGUUGCUCGCUGCUCUCUUGAGGCUGGCACACAACUGCCUCACUUUUGACUUCAUCGGCACCACCGUAGACGAGUCAGCUGAUGAUCUUUGUACUGUACAGAUUCCCUCAUCAUGGCGGAGUACAUUCCUCGAAGCCGGUACCCUGGAGCUCUUCUUCGAGCUGUACCACAGCGUGUCGGGGUCUCUGGGCGGUCUGGCCUUAGCUUGUCUCGUGCAGCUGACGUCUGUCCGCCGGUCCCUGUUCAGCAACAGCGAGCGAGCCAAGUUCCUGAACAGACUCACUGCGGGUGUGAUGAGGAUAUUGGACGAUACUCAGGGCCUAUCGGACCCGAGCAACUACCACGAGUUCUGCCGUCUGCUGGCCCGCCUCAAGUCCAACUACCAGCUCGGCGAGCUCGUCAUGGUGGACAACUACCCCCGACUCAUUGAACAGAUCGCCAAGUUCACUGUACAAAGCUUACAGAUGUGGCAGUUUGCACCCAACUCGGUGCACUAUCUCCUGUCGUUAUGGCAACGUAUGGUGGCGUCCGUACCGUACGUUAAAGCGGCGGAACCGCAUUUACUGGAGACGUACGCCCCGGGAGUUACCGCUGCGUACGUCACGUCCAGGUUGGACUCUGUCGCUGUGUUGGUGAGGGAAGGUCUAGAAGACCCGUUGGAUGAAGUGGGAACAGUCCAGCAGCAACUCGAACAAGUGUCCGUGAUCGGUCGCUGCGAGUACGCCAAGACGUGUCAGCUGUUGGUCGCGCACUUCGACCGCGCCGCCGCCGCGUACAGCGUCGAGACUAAUCCGCAACAGAUAUUGAUACUACAGGGGCAGCUGGCGUGGCUGGUGUACACGAUCGGCGCGGCGGUCGGCGGCCGCGCGGCGCUCAACACCAGCGAGGACAACGACGCCAUGGACGGCGAGCUCGUCUGCCGCGUGCUGCAGCUCAUGAACCUCACCGACUCGCGCUUGGCCAACGGUGGUUGCGAGAAGCUCGAGUUGGCGAUGAUGUCGUUCUUCGAGCAGUUCCGUAAGAUCUACGUGGGUGAGCAAGUGCAGAAGAACAGUAAGGUGUACCGCCGCCUCAGCGAGGUGCUCGGCCUCAGCGACGAGAUACAGCUGCUCAGCGUCAUCAUGAGGAAGAUCAUCACAAACCUGAAGUACUGGGGUAGUUCGGAGCCGAUAAUCUCCAAGACGCUGGGUCUGCUGAGCGACCUCAGCGGCGGCUACGCGUGCGUCCGCAAACUGAUCAAACUGGAAGAAGUACAGUUCAUGUUGACGCAUCAUACCGCCGAACACUUCCCGUUCCUGGGCAGCGGUGCGGGCGGGUCGGCGGAGAUGCGCUGCCGGUCGAUGCUGUACACCGCCCUGGGCCGGCUGCUGAUGGUGGAACUGGGCGAGGAUGAGCAGCGCUUCCUGGCGUUCAUGAUGCCGCUCACAGCGGCGUUCGAGAACAUAGUGGGUUUGUUAAGCACGCCCGAGAACCCGAUGUACGCGACCGACGACGCCAAGAAGACGCUGAUCGGCCUGGCGCGGGAUCUGCGGGGACUCGCCUUCGCCUUCAACACUAAAACCACCUAUAUGAUGCUGUUUGAUUGGAUCUACCCGCUAUACCUCAAGGUGCUAGUCCGCGGCGUGGAGGUGUGGUUCUCGGAGCCGGCGGUGACGACGCCGGUGCUGAAGCUGGCGGCGGAGCUGGCUCAGAACCGCAACCAGCGACUGCACUUCGACGUCAGCUCGCCCAACGGCAUAUUGCUGUUCCGGGAGCUGUCCAACAUUAUAUGCGCUUACGGCAGUAGAAUACUAACGAUAGAAGUUAGCAAGAAACAGAUGUACGCGAUGAAACUAAAAGGCAUAUCGUUGUGCUUCUCAAUACUGAAGGCGGCGUUGUGCGGGAACUAUGCCAAUUUUGGCGUCUUUAGGUUAUACGGCGAUGAGGCUCUAGACAACGCUCUCAAUAUGUUUGUCAAACUGUUGCUGAGUAUACCACAAAGUGAUCUCUUGGACUACCCGAAGCUAUCCCAGACGUACUACGUGUUGCUGGAGCGGCUAGCGCAGGACCAUAUGCCGUUCCUCGCCUCGCUGCAGCCCGAACCCACGCUAUAUAUCCUCGCCUCCGUCUCCAAGGGACUCACUGCUUUGGACACGAGUGUAUGUACGGGAUGCUGCGCGACGCUAGAUCACAUAGUCACAUAUCUAUUUAAACAAUUAGUACAGAAAACAAGCAAUAAAGUAUCCAAUCCGCGUCUACCCGAGGAGAGCAAUAACAUGUUCAUAGAGGUUCUACAGCGGCGGCCCGAGAUCAUGCAGCAGCUGUUGGCUACCGUAUUGAACGUGAUAAUGUUCGAGGAGUGCUGCAACCAGUGGUCGAUGUCGCGGCCGCUGCUCGGGCUGGUGCUGCUCAACGAGAACCACUUCGCGAGGCUGCGGGCGGAGCUGAUCGCGCAGCAGCCCGCCGACCGCCAGCACCAGCUAGCUCUGUGGUUCGACGGCCUCAUGGCGGGCGUGGAGAGGAACCUGCUUACACGGAACCGCGACAGAUUCACACAGAACCUAUCGAUGUUCAGACGGGACAUCAACGACCUGAUGAAGGGCACCUCCGUCAGCUCCCCGCAGUCAGUCAACGACAUGAUGACCUCGUAACUGCCGCCCGGGACGUGUAUUGACAUUUAGUAGGCAAAGACUGUGUAGUGAGAAACAUCAGUGAGCGAGUGAUGUGGGGAGAUCACUCAAAUGUAACAAAAAAAAUUACCCAGUGAUGUAACAGUAGUCUAUUUGAUGAUGCGUUAGUCCACACUAAAACGUGACUCAGCACUGCGCUUAAGGAAUUUAAAAUUUAUGAGUUUCAUUGAUAGAUUUUGAAUUUCGAGCUACAAAGGGCUGCAUGCUGCUUCUCAUAAAAGGGAAUCUUGUGUAGUGUAGAAGUACACCGUCGCGUCCCAUCUCGAUGUGAGCUGACCCUAAAUUAAAAAGUCAAAUGGAGAAGAUAUUUGUUGUCACAUACAAAAGCAUUUAUGUAAUUUUGUUGUUAUAUUUGAGAGAUUUUCUGUGCCGGGAUAAACAAUAUCGUUUAAUGAAGAUUUAGAAUCUUUCAACUUCUACUAGUAAUUUUUUAGCAAAAAGUUGUAUCAAUUUCAAACGAGUAUGUGGUAGCUUAUUAUAGCAAUAAUGUAUUUUUUUAAUUCUUUAUGAACGAGUUGUUAAAGUUGACAAACCAGUGUUGUAUUCUGUAAUCGGAAUAUGACUUGUUACCUUCGAAAGUAUUUGUUGUACCAUUGAUUUUUAUAUUUUAAACAUUUUAUUUGCCUCGCCUUGAAAUGUUAACUUUAUUGUUUUCUAACAGACUUGGCCAUUCGUAAGAUGCUUUACUAAAAUAGUUUCGAUUACAGAAUAACAUAUUUUUGGAUAUGAUACAUACUGAGUAAUGUAAAUAAAUUAUUAAAAUUAUGAUGUUGUUAGAUCUUAGACUUGUGUGAAAUUGUGGGAAUGAGCAUUCCAUAUUUUUAAAUCUUGUACAAUCCAUAGACAAUGAUUUUUUUUUAACAAAUUUUAAAUAAUAUUGAACCCAGUAAUGUUUUAAAGUUUGCUGAUGUAUAAGAAUGACUUGUAUUACAAUACACUUUACUAUGGAAAAUGGAUUCGAGCUCUAUUUGAACCAAAACAGCUUUGACUCACUUAAGUAAUCACUAAUCAAUUUAUACUAAUAUAAUAAAACACUGAUAAAGUUUUGAUGCAUUUUCCUGCUUAUGUCAAGCCACUGUCCAAAGGAGUUCUAAUUGGUCAAAACUCCUAAAAUCUGAUGUUUCAUAUUACUAUAUUGAUGUUUAUUUUUAAUUUGAACUGGAUCAAAGCUGAAUUUGUGUUUGGACUCAGGGACGUAGCUACCGCCGUAUAUGCCGUAUCAAUUGUACGGGCC